CUCCUGCCUGCAGCUGGCCACUAACUUCCUCCUUGCAGCGGCAGAGCCUUGCACGGCACGGCACGGCACGGCACGCUGCCCAGCAGCCCGCGGCACACCCAGCUCCCUGCAGUGCCGGACCGCACAGGAUCAAUAUGGGUAAGGGUCUCUGGGACGCCCUGGGCCUGGGCUUGGCCCUUCUCCUCCUGGCUCGGGAGAUGGCAGUGGAAGCGGAGGCUCCCCACAACUGCUAUGGGACCCCUGGGCUGCCUGGCAAUCCUGGCAUGCCAGGCAAGGAUGGCAGAGAUGGACAGAAAGGAGCCAAAGGCGAGCCAGGCAUCCCAGCCAUUCCCGGGACCCAGGGGUCCAAGGGGCAGAAAGGAGACCCUGGCAUCCCUGGCCUGCCUGGGAAGACUGGUCCCAUGGGCCCCGCUGGCACCCCGGGAGACCCCGGGGAACCGGGCUUGGGUGGAGAGCCUGGCGAUCCUGGCAGCUACCGGCAGAGGCACCAGGCAGCAUUCUCCGUGACCCGGCAAACACCCCAGCACCCGGCCAAGAACACCCCCGUGAUCUUCAACCGCGUCAUCACCGACAUCAGCAACGACUACAGUACCACCACUGGCAAGUUCACCUGCCGGGUGCCAGGCGUCUACUUCUUCACCUUCCAUGCCUCCCUCACUGCCAACCUCUGCGUCAUCAUGUACAAGAACAGGGAGAAGGUGGCCAGCUUCUGCGACCACAUCUCCAACAGCAAGCAAGUCAGCUCCGGAGGCAUCCUCCUGAAAAUGGAGGUUGGGCACCAAACGUGGCUGGCCGUCAACGACUACAAUGGCAUGGUGGGCAUUGGUGGCUCUGACAGCGUCUUCUCUGGCUUCCUGCUCUUUCCAGACUAGGUGGCUUGGACGAGCCUGGGCAGAUGCUGGCUGACUGCAAACAUGCCAGCCUCUUUGCCUUGCAAUGCACCCCUUGGCUCGCACCCUGCCCCGCGCUGACUUGGAAGUGGACCCAGGUCUCUGCUCAGGUUUCUACCCAGGGCCUGGCAGCCUCCGGGAAGGGCUCAGAGCCCUGCAUGCUCCCAGAACAAUCCUGCCCAAAUGCAGAAACAAGCCAAGGCCCUGGGGUUGGAGCGUGUGUAGCUCAAGGGCCGUCAGGUGUGACACAUGGGCCCUGCCUAGCAAGAAGCCAGCCCAUAAAAGCUCCCUUGCUACUGCUAAACCCAGCCACACCUAAUUACUACUGUGCUCUUUGCAUUCAUUAACCCCCUUUCUUUCAAGCGCUGAAGUCACCCCGGGGUCUCUCCACUUAACCGAGAGGGUCACAGACUACGACCAGAUGCGGCCUGGGGGGAACUGGAGGGGAAACUUUUUCCUGUAGUUCAUCUGCGCAAGCGCUGAAUAAAUCCUUUUCUGCACCAGG